AACAGCUGACGCACAAAAAUAAACUUAUGGGCGAGUGUGGAAACAGUAUCUGUGUAGCCAAACGUGUAUAAAUUGUGUUAUAAAAGUUAUAUUAAAUUAUAACUAAGUGUUUUUACUAAUAACUAAUCAAAAUGGCGACGAUUAAUCGUCUUCUUCGUGGUAUGCAAACCAUAACAAUAAAUUGCAAUCGUCAAUCGCGGUUGUUCAGCAACAGUAGCAAUGAAUUCCGUGGAUUUAAGGGUUUUAAAUACAGCAGGAAUGUUACACCUAUUCAAGUGCUCUCUGCAGUGGGUGGUACCCUAGCAAUUUAUACUCUGUACGAGUGUAGAAAGAAUCAAGGUGUUGAAGCUGCAGCACAAGCAAAAGUAGAACCUAAAGUAGUAAAAUUGACAAUGCGUGAACGCCGUUUCAUCCGUUUUGCAUCAGUGGAAUAUCACGCGCAAAUCUACAUGACCCCACAGGACUUUCUUGAGUCUGUAAUUGAAGCAGAUCCAAGACCUCGAUUAAAGAGGAGAAUGCUUACCGACGAAGACAUCGAAGCUGUCAAAUCGAAAACCCCCGGAUUAAAAGAGGGCUCAUCCAGAUUCUUCCGCAAUUUAAGCGAUAAAGGAAUCAUUUCUUAUACAGAAUAUUUAUUUUUACUAUCAGUUCUGACUAAACCACAAUCUGGGUUUCGAAUUGCUUUUAACAUGUUUGACACGGAUGGCAACGAAAAAGUGGACAAAAAUGAAUUUUUAGUGGUUCGUACAUUGUUGGCGGGCAAACGAAAAGAUAGAAACGAUAUAGAUAUGCGAGAAAUGGAGAAGAUAUUCAGUCAUGCCUGGAAAGGUAAACGUGGAAUGCAAAUGGCGGAAGGCCUAGACAUGAAAUUGCCUAUUCAAGAGGCAUAUGUUGAUGAUGAAGAAGGUUUACAACGAAGACACACAGUCGACACAACUUUACUAGUACAUUUCUUUGGUCCAAAAGGCAAUAAUCAAUUGAACUUUGAAAACUUUCGACAGUUUAUGCUCUCGUUACAAAAAGAAGUCUUGGAACUGGAGUUUAAUGAGUUUUCCAAAGGAUUACCGACAAUUUCUGAAGUAGAUUUCGCUAAAAUCUUACUGCGUUAUACUUAUCUUGACACAGAUGACUACGAUAAUUAUAUUGAUCGAUUAUUGGAUCGUAUAAAGGACACCAGAGGUAUUACCUUUGAAGAGUUUCAUGUUUUCUGUCAGUUUUUGAAUAAUCUGGACGAUUUCAACAUUGCUAUGAGGAUGUACACGUUGGCUGAUCAUCCAAUAUCAAAAGAUGAAUUUAGAAGAGCUGUGAAGAUUUGCACCGGAACUAACCUAAGUAUCCAUCUUGUAAACACUGUGUUUUCUAUUUUUGACGAAGAUGGCGACGGUUUACUGAGUUAUCGUGAAUUUAUCGCGAUAAUGAAGGAUAGGUUGCAUCGCGGGGCGAAAGCUAAUAUUAAAUAUGAAGGUUGGGAUGCAUUUAAGAGUUGCAUCAAGACCGAGAUGAAAACUCCAAGAUAAAUUUCACAAUUUACGUGCUUCACGUAUGUAUUUUAAUCUUCCAAUCAUUAAUUCACGGGCUAAAAUAAGUAAAACGUAAGAAAAUUAUUUCUUCUAAAAACUAACAAUAGUUGUUGACAUGUUGCAAUAUUUUUGAUUGUUGUUUAAGCGCGCGGUUCUAAAAUGAAGUUUCUCUAAGCAGCACAAUCAUGUCAAUGCAAAACGUAAGUUAUUUAACAUUUACAUUAACUUUAUAAUUAUAUUCACGCGUUGCAAGUUUAAAUUUUAAAAGUAAUCAUGACAUAAUCUUAAAAAUGACAUUUAACGUACAUAAUUAACCUAACAAAUCAACUAUUUAUUAAAAUAUAAGAGAUUUUUGGACUGUUCCUGUUAGAGUAGGCUCUCUUUCACAAACUGUUGCUAUUUAUUGUUGAUUUUAUUUUAAUAUACAUGCCAAAUAUACAUUUGUUCAAAUGC